AUGACUACACCUGAUCCCACGCCGCAGGUACUGGUUGUGGAUGAAAAAUUGCCACCAGCCGAGGCUACAAGCGCUAGAUCAACGUCGGGCGAAGAACCCAAGGCUCCGGGUCUGGAUGUUGACAGCCUAGAGUCGAAAACCAAGAGAAAAUGGUAUAAGCGACUUAACCCAUUGCGAUGGCAGACACCACCACCUGUGCCGGAGGAACGAACCCCCUCAAAAGAAUAUGGCGCUUCAUUUCUUAGUGUCGUUUAUUUCCAAUGGAUGUCACCUUUGAUGAAUGUUGGUUAUCUUCGCCCUCUUGAGCUUCAAGAUGUUUGGACAGUGAACCCUGAUCGCACCGUCGACAUUAUAUCAGGUCGGCUAGAGGCAGCAUUGGAACGUCGUACAGCAUCGAAGAGUAAGCGGCCACUUACUGCCGCACUGUAUGACACAUUUCGCUUCGAAUUCUUACUUGGCGGCAUUUGUCAGCUUUUCAGUUCGCUUCUGUUGGUCUUUGCGCCGUAUCUAACCCGCUACUUGAUUGCAUUCGCCACAGAGGCCUGGGAGGCUAAAGAGUCAGGUCUUCCGGCCCCAAAUAUUGGCCGUGGAAUGGGCUUUGUCGUCGGAAUCAGCCUUAUGCAGGCUUUGCAGAGUCUCUGUACGAAUCAAUUCUUGUAUCGAGGCCAGAUGGUCGGUGGUCAGGUGCGCGCGGUCUUGAUUUCUUUAGUCUUCAACAAGGCGAUGAAAUUGUCCGCGCGUGCUAAAGCCGGUGGAAAGGCAACUGAGGAAGAGGUCACGGCUCUGGAGGCUGCUAAGGAGGAAGCUCUGCAGAAGGACCCAAAGAAGAAACCUGCCACAAAGGAUCCCAAAGCUGCAGGGGAUGCAAAUGGAGUUGCAGGUGAUGGUCGUGGAUGGAGCAACGGCCGCAUCAUUGCACUGAUGAGUAUUGAUGUCGACCGGAUCAAUCUUGCCGCUGGCAUGUUCCACAUGAUUUGGACAGCCCCCAUCUCAGUCAUAGUCACCCUCGUCUUGCUUAUAGUCAACAUCGGCGUCAGCUGCCUUUCGGGAUAUGCGUUGCUGGUGUUCGGCAUGCCUUUUCUCACCUUUGCGAUCCGAUUCCUGGUGAAGCGCCGAAAAGCUAUCAACAAGGUCACCGACCAACGUGUGUCCCUUACGCAGGAAAUUCUUCAGGCCGUGCGUUUUGUUAAAUACUUUGGAUGGGAAAGCAGCUUUCUCGGCCGUCUGAAAGAAAUCCGCACCCACGAGAUUCGGUCCGUUCAGACCCUUCUGGCGGUUCGCAAUGGCAUCCUAUGUGUGUCGAUGUCGAUUCCCACCUUCGCCUCCAUGCUGGCCUUCAUCACCUAUGCCCUGACAAGCCAUGAUCUUCACCCGGCUAACAUCUUCUCCUCACUUGCGCUGUUCAACUCUCUGCGUAUGCCACUCAACAUGCUGCCCAUGGUCCUCGGUCAGGUCACAGAUGCCGUGACUGCCUUGAAUCGUAUCCAGGAGUUCUUGCUCGCCGAAGAGCAGAAGGAGGAUAUCAAACAGAUCGCGGAUAUGGAGAACGCUAUUGAAAUUGAAGAUGCCUCGUUCACCUGGGAGCGUCUGCCGACCGAGGAGGAGAAGGUUGUCAAGGUUGACAAGAAAGCUGCCAAACUUAUUGAGGCCGCUAAGGGAAAAGAAAGUACCGACAAAGAACAACCAACGGAACCGUUCAAGUUGGAGCAUGUGGAUCUCCAGAUUGGUCGUAAUGAGCUAUUGGCAGUCAUCGGAACAGUCGGCUGUGGCAAGACUUCUCUCCUCUCUGCCUUGGCUGGGGACAUGCGUGUAACGGAGGGCCACGUGCGAAUGAGUACAACCCGUGCCUUUUGCCCACAGUACGCCUGGAUUCAAAACACUUCCGUCCGCAACAACAUUCUUUUCGGCAAGGAUUAUGACGAGUCUUGGUAUAAUGAGGUGAUAGAUGCUUGUGCAUUGAUUCCAGACUUGAAGAUACUGCCCAAUGGUGAUUCGACCGAGAUUGGUGAGCGUGGCAUCACGGUCUCUGGAGGGCAGAAGCAGCGUUUGAACAUUGCGCGGGCUAUAUAUUUCAAUGCUGAGCUUGUGCUCAUGGAUGACCCCCUUUCUGCUGUGGAUGCUCACGUCGGCCGUCACAUAAUGGACAAGGCUAUCUGUGGGCUACUAAAAGAUCGCUGCAGAAUCCUUGCUACUCAUCAGCUGCACGUUUUGAACCGAUGUGACCGCAUUGUGGUCAUGGAAGAAGGCCGGAUCCACGCAGUUGACACUUUCGACAACCUCAUGCGCGACAACGAGCUAUUCCAACGUCUUAUGGCGACAUCUGGACAAGAGGACUCGAAUGAGAAAUCUGAAAAGACUGAAGAGGCCGAUGAGAAAGUGGAAGAAGCACAAGAGGUGGCCCCUAAGGAAGCUGAAAUUCAAAAGCCCGCUGGCGUCUUGAUGCAACAAGAAGAGAAGGCUACAUCAUCUGUGGGCUGGACUGUAUGGAAGGCCUAUAUCCGUGCAUCUGGCAGCUCCUGGAACGCCGUUGCGAUUCUCUUCCUCCUAGCACUUGCGAACGUUGCCAAUAUCUACACCAGCUUGUGGCUUUCGUACUGGACUUCCGAUAAAUAUCCUCAGUUGUCGACGGGCGCAUACAUUGGUAUUUACGCUGCAUUGGGUGUUUGCAGUGUUCUCACCAUGUUUACCUUCUCGACCUACAUGACUACCUGCGGAACAAAUUCUAGCCGAACGAUGCUUCAGCGUGCGAUGACCCGUGUCCUGCGCGCUCCAUUGUCCUUUUUCGACACUACUCCCCUUGGACGUAUCACAAACCGCUUCUCAAAGGAUGUUCAGGUUAUGGACAAUGAACUUUCCGACGCAAUCCGUAUGUAUGCGUUGACGAUGACUAUGAUUAUCUCUGUCAUGGUUUUGAUUAUCGUCUACUUCUACUAUUUCGUCAUUGCCCUUGUCCCGCUGGUUAUCCUGUUCCUCCUAGCUUCCAACUACUAUCGCGCUUCUGCCCGUGAAAUGAAACGUCACGAAGCAGUCCUUCGAUCGAGCGUGUAUGCCCGGUUCGGCGAAGCGAUCACCGGUGUGGCAUGUAUUCGCGCCUACGGCGUCGAAAAGCAGUUUCAGAGAAGCAUUCGCGACUCCAUCGAUGUGAUGAACGGUGCAUACUUCUUAACCUUCUCGAACCAGCGCUGGCUCAGUGUCCGGCUCGACGGCGUAGCUACCCUCAUGGUCUUCGUGAUCGGUGUUUUGGUAGUCACAUCCCGAUUCAACGUUUCUCCCAGUAUCUCCGGUUUGAUCUUGUCCUAUGUUCUCUCCAUCGCGCAGAUGCUCCAAUUCACUGUCCGCCAACUUGCGGAGGUAGAGAAUGAUAUGAACGCCACCGAGCGCGUUCACUAUUACGGUACCGAGUUGGAGGAAGAAGCUCCCCUACACCUAGGCGAGGUGCCUGCCAGCUGGCCGGAGAAGGGUCGUAUCGAGUUCAAGGACACAAAGAUGCGGUACCGAGCCGAAUUGCCUCUGGUUCUGAAGGGCCUCAGCAUGGACGUACAGGGAGGUGAGCGCAUUGGUAUCGUCGGCCGAACCGGUGCAGGAAAAUCGAGCAUCAUGUCCGCUUUGUUCCGCUUGACCGAAUUAUCGGGGGGUACCAUCCAGAUUGAUGGAGUUGACAUCUCAAAAGUCGGUCUGUAUGACCUUCGUUCCCGUCUUGCUAUUAUCCCACAAGACCCCGCUCUCUUCAGGGGCACCAUCCGCUCCAACCUCGACCCCUUCAACGAGCACGCCGAUCUAGAACUCUGGUCUGCCCUACGCAAGGCCUACCUAAUUGGUGAGGAAACUCACGGCGUCGACGCGGAGACAAUCCUCCCCGAACCCUCCACGGGAACCACCACCCCCGUCACAGCCAGCGAUUCGAAGCCCCGGCCUACCAACCGCCUGACUCUCGAGUCCCCCGUCGAUGAAGAAGGUUUGAACUUCUCUCUUGGUCAGCGCCAGCUUAUGGCCCUCGCCCGAGCACUGGUCCGCGACGCAAGAAUCAUCGUCUGCGACGAAGCGACAUCCUCCGUCGACUUUGAAACCGACCAGAAGAUCCAGCGCACUAUGGCUCAAGGUUUCCAUGGCAAGACACUGCUGUGCAUUGCGCAUCGUUUGCGCACCAUUAUCAACUACGACCGCAUCUGUGUGAUGGACCAGGGUCAGAUCGCCGAGAUGGAUACCCCGCUUGCGCUGUUCGAUAAAACGGAUGGUAUUUUCCGUGCUAUGUGCGAGCGCAGCGGUAUCUCGCGACAGGACAUACUUAACCAAGAUUGA